UCUUGACUUAACAACUCUUGAAAUCAUUGUGUUGGAUGAAAACGAUAACAGUCCUGAAAUUAAGUCAAGCUCGUGUUUUUCACUUACUGUACCAGAAAAUCAAGAAACUGACGCCUUGCAUACAAUAAUCGCUUCAGACAUGGAUAAGGAGAAAAAUGGCGAGCUGCUGUACAGCAUCAUAGGUGGAAAUAUUGGGUCUAAAUUCAAAAUUGACUCCGUGACUGGUGUCUUGUCUAUGGAUAGCUUGGAUCGUGAAUAUAUUUCAAAAUACAUUUUGACAAUUUCUGUAAGAGACAACGGGCAGCACAGCCGUGAAACAUUUUGUAACCUAACAGUGAUAGUUCUUGAUGAAAAUGACAAUGCACCGACGUUUUUGUAUGAUGCGUAUACCAACAUAACAUUACAACCAUUUGAUAUCCAGUCAAAAAGUUAUGAGCAAGAUUAUAAUAAUCAAAACUUUAUCCAAGGAAAAUACUCCAAGACGAUUUCAGAAAAUGUAGAUAUCAAUUCAAAGGAAGUUACUAGUAUAAAACAGUUAGGCUG